AUGCCUAAAUCCAAGCGCUCCAAAGUGGUCCACCUCAGUAAGGUGGACAAGAAGGGAAAGGAACUAACAUUAAAACUCUUCUCCAAUGUGCGCGAAUGUCUGGAUGAAUACCAAUACUGCUUCGUCUUCUCGGUCGAGAACAUGCGGAAUACGUAUUUGAAGAGUGUGAGGGGUGAUUUGAGUGAUAGCAGGUUAUUCUUUGGCAAAACAAAAGUCAUGGCCAAAGCCCUCGGCUCCACACCAGAGGACGAAUACCAGCCGCAAACACGCCUCCUCUCAAAACACCUCGUCGGGAACGUUGGGCUGCUCUUCACGAACCGCGAACCCGAGGCUGUGAAGGAGUAUUUCUCCGCGCUGGCGAAGACGGAUUUUGCGCGCGCUGGUACCCCGGCUUCGAGAGAGUUUACCAUUCCAGAGGGGAUUGUGAAUAGCAUGGGAGGAGAGAUCCCGGCUGAGGAGGAUGUGCCGUUGGGACAUAGCUUGGAGCCUGAGUUGAGGAGGUUGAAUAUGCCGACUAGUUUGGUCAAGGGGAAGAUCUCGCUGCAGAAUCCGUAUACCGUUUGUAAGGAGGGGGAUGUGUUGGAUAGUCGGCAGACGAGGUUGUUGAAGUUAUUUGGGGUGGCGACGGCAGAGUUCACGGUGCAAUUAGUUGCAUACUGGAGUUCAGCUACGAGUGAGGUCACUGAGAUAGAAGCUAUGGAGUCAUGA